AUGGAUAAAGCUGUAAUAGUUGUUUUAGUGUAUGUUGAUGAUCUUUUGAUAAUAGGUAGCAGUCUUGUUCAUAUCCAGAAGACCAAAAAAGAUUUAAAGUCCAAGUUUAAGAUAAAGGACUUAGGGGAGCUCAAAUAUUUCCUUCGCAUAGAAUUCUCCAGGUGUGAGGUUUCAGAAAUGGGGUUAUGUGGGAGCAAAACAGCUGGAACUCCUUUAGAGUUUAACCAUAAACUCACUUUCUUAGAAUUUGACAAGAAAAUCAGGCCAGAAAAUCUUACUCAUGAUAAGCUGCUGGAAGAUAGAGGAGCUUAUCAAGGAUUGGUGUUUAGAUACAUUAAAGGAACAACAGGUCUUGUUCUUCUCAUGCCUGCAAAUGGUGAAUUGAAUCUUGUUGCAGACUGUGAUUCAGACUGGGGUUCUUGUGUUAAGAUGUGGGUUGUGCUUGCACAGAUGAAUUUGGAUGAUUCUUUAUUAGGAUUUGAGAAGAUUCCCUCAUUGUGGAUGGACGAGGACAAAUGA